GUGCUCCCACAUUGCCGUUAUAAAAUGUUUGUAAACAUUUUAUAACACCAAAACAUUUACUAACAAAUGUUAACAAUUGUUGCACUUUGUUAGAAACUGUUACAUGUUAUAAGUGCUCCUACAUUGAUGGAAAAUGUUUAAACAUUUUAUAACAUCUAGUAUUGGCUCGCAGUUUGGUUUCGCCUUCUGAGGGCUGAGGACGUCUACACGAAAAUGGAAGAAGAUUUGCUCAUUGGAAUAGCUUUUAUUUUUUGUUUAAAAAAGAAGAAAAAGCGCUCUUAUUGGAUGCGCCAAACGCUAAAAGCUAGAGGAAAAUAUAGUGCCACAGACUAUCUCAAGGAUUUAGGUAUUGAUGGUUGCUUAAAAGAUUUUAUAAGAAUGAACAGUUCCGAAUUUGAAUAUCUACAAAAUUUAAUUGGGGCAAAAAUAGGCAAACGAGACACUACAUUUAGAAAAUUUGUAAGUGUGACGGAAAGACUUGCGGUAACGUUAAGAUUUUUGGCAACUGGUAGCAGUUAUAAAAGUCUUGGAAAUGUGUUCAAGUUGUCAGACCAAGUGAUAUCUAUUAUCGUACCAGAAGUGUGCGAGGCUCUCAAUGAGGUUUUAAAGGAAUACAUACAGAUACCAACAACACCUCAAGAGUGGCUACACGUGGCAAAUUCAUUUGAAGAAAAAUGGAAUUUCCCAAAUUGCUUAGGAAGUAUCGAUGGAAAGCACGUAGCCAUACAAAAGCCAAUUGAUAGCGGCAGUGAAUAUUACAACUAUAAAGGAUUUUACAGCGUUGUACUUUUAGCGAUAGUGGACGCAGAAUACAACUUUCUGACCACAGGAUAGCAAUUCUAAGGAAAGAAUCUUCAGUUAUAGACUGAGUCGUGCGAGGAGAACAGUAGAGAACGCAUUUGGGAUUUUGUCAGCCAGAUUUAGAGUUUUACGAACUACAAUAUUAUUAGAUCCAGAAAAAA